GGGCUGUGGUUAGAGACGGAUGUGGACGCAGCCGCUGACUUUAAGACGCGGUGUUUGUUACCUUGAAGAGGAAAGACCCAAACUACUCCACAGUCAUCAUGGUCCGUGAAGUGAAAACCCUGGAUGAGUUCAAUGCCAUCCUGAAGGAAGCCGGAGACAAGCUGGUGGUUGUGGACUUCACAGCCACAUGGUGUGGCCCCUGUCAAAGGAUUGGCCCAGUAUUUGUAGAUGUGAGUUCAUUCUGCCAAAUACGUUCGAUGCCCACUUUCCACUUCUACAAGAAUGGAGAGAAGGUGUUCGAGUUCUCUGGUGCUGACACAGCAAAACUGGUGAAAACACUGGAACAAUUGAGAACAUAAAAACCACACUAGCCACCGCUGCCCUCUGUACACACUGUAUGUACAGUAACAUCAGGUCUUCUGUUCCACACAGGAAAUAAUAAUUCAUUCCAUUCAUGUAAUUGGUGACAUACUGUAAUCCUGUCAGUUUAGUGUGUAUGUAGCGACUAUCUUAACAACAAACAAUUAAAACCUGAUGACUACUUUUUAAUUCUGAUUUAUAUGAGAAAUUGGCUUUGAUCUCAACUUGCAUUAUGUGUCCAACAUUAUGGAUUUAAUAAAUGAAGAUAAAAUACAGGAA